CCGGGGGCGGCGGCGGCGGCGGCGCGGAUGCCCGGCCCGCUCCAUCCAGGAGGCGGCAGGGACUUUAGCCGGGGGGUCUCACAGCUCACCCGCGGGCUGGGAGGAGCUGAGAGCGGCAGAACAGCCCCUGAAGCACGACCCAACCCCGUCCACCGUGUAUGAGGCUGGGACGCAGUACGCAGGACCCGCGUCCGCAGAGUCACUCCUUCCGAUGUCCCGGCAUGAGACUUCUCCGACAACGGUGCAACCCGCCAGCAACCACCGCCCCAACGCCUGCUGCUUCUGCUGGUGCUGCUGCUGCAGCUGCUCGUGGAACGAGGACCGAGAGCGAGCAUGGAGGGCAUCCCGGGAGACCAAACUGGAGACCAUCCCAAACUGUGAAGCGUGUGCCAAACCCACGCCGGAGGAGGUGCAGGGCUGGGCACAGUCCUUCGACAAGCUGAUGAAGAGCCCGGCGGGGCGCAACGUCUUCCGGGAGUUUUUGCGGACUGAGUACAGCGAGGAGAACAUGCUCUUCUGGCUGGCAUGUGAGGAGCUCAAAACCGAGUGCAACAAGCACACCAUCGACGAGAAGGCCAGGAUGAUAUACGAGGACUACAUCUCCAUCCUCUCUCCCAAGGAGGUGAGCCUGGACUCGCGGGUGCGGGAGGUCAUCAACCGGAAGAUGCAGGAGCCGUCCUCGCACACCUUCGACGACGCACAGCUCCAGAUCUACACGCUGAUGCACAGAGACUCCUACCCCCGCUUCCUGAACUCUGCCAUUUACAAAUCGCUGCUCCAGACCGUCUCCCACUCCUCCUCGGAGUCCUAAGGGCACUCGCUAGCUGUGGGGACACCAGUGGGGACAUGGUGGCCAGGGGCGGUCGGCGCCUCCUCCCCUCUGCCGCCCUCCUUGCCAGACCUCACCAAGUUUUUAGCUUUUUACCUAUGAACUGUCACCCCGGUGUCUGGGCCAGGACGCUCCAGGACUGUCCCCAGGACACAGCUUGGGCCAGCUCAUACUACUGAUUCCCUGCCCCAUCCCCAGCACUGGCCAGAGCGAGCUGGGGGAGCACAGGACAGAGCCUGGGGCCUGGCUCCCCCCACACCCUGUUUGGAAGAGGUCACUUUAUCCCAUCUCCACCCCACCUGGGGACACGGCACGUCCCCAUUUGUCACCUGAGACCCAACUGGGGCCUGGGUUGGGGGGUUUUUGAGGUGGGGGGGAAGGUUGAUUGUUGUUGGUUCGGGUUUGUUUCUUUUUUAACUUUAAAUGCUCUUUUGGUUGGCUU